GACUCGUUGAGCAGAGAGGAUGAUACGGAAUACCACCAACAUUGAAUCCAUUUACUUUCAAACAUAUGCCUAUGUAUGUGCUCUUGCAUAUGUAACAGAACAGACCUUCCAAACAAUUUAAUUUGCAGAAAAAAAUGGCUGAAGAAAACAGCACAGAAACUUCAAUAAUAUGUUACGCGCCAAGCAUGAUCACCACCAAUGGAGUUUGGCAAGGAGAUAAUCCUCUCGAUUUCUCCCUGCCCCUCUUUGUUCUUCAGCUUACAUUGGUCGUUGUUGUCACUCGAUUUUUUGUCUUUGUACUCAAACCCUUUCGCCAACCUCGUGUUAUCUCCGAGAUCCUUGGAGGAAUUGUGUUGGGGCCAUCGGUGCUUGGGCGUUAUGAUAAAUUCGCAAACACCAUAUUCCCACAAAGAAGUGUGAUGGUCCUUGAAACAAUGGCAAAUGUUGGUUUACUUUACUUUUUGUUCCUGGUGGGUGUUGAGAUGGACAUUAUGGUGGUACGCAAGACAGGGAAGCGAGCACUAACAAUCGCACUUGGUGGUAUGGUCUUACCAUUCGUCAUUGGUGCUGCUUUCUCUUUCUCAAUGCAAAGAACAGAGGACCAUUUGGGGCAAGGCACAUAUAUACUCUUCCUUGGUGUAGCUCUCUCGGUAACAGCAUUUCCGGUCCUUGCAAGGAUUCUUGCUGAGCUCAAGCUCAUCAAUACCGAGAUUGGUCGGAUAUCCAUGUCUGCGGCCUUGGUAAAUGACAUGUUUGCUUGGAUUCUCCUAGCUUUAGCAAUCGCAUUGGCAGAGAGUGAAAAAUCUUCAUUUGCCUCUCUUUGGGUCAUGAUCUCUAGUGCAGCUUUUAUUGCCAUUUGCGUCUUUGUUGUGAGACCAGGCAUUUCUUGGAUUAUACGGAAAACCCCUGAAGGCGAGAACUUUAGUGAGUUCUACAUUUGUCUCAUCUUGACAGGAGUUAUGAUAUGUGGUUUCAUUACCGAUUCAAUAGGAACACAUUCAGUCUUUGGUGCUUUUGUGUUUGGUCUUGUGAUCCCCAAUGGACCUCUUGGUCUUACCCUCAUCGAGAAACUUGAAGAUUUUGUCUCUGGACUUCUCUUACCUCUCUUCUUUGCCAUAAGUGGUCUUAAGACUAAUGUAGCUGCCAUCCAAGGGCCUGCCACUUGGGUAACUCUCUUUCUUGUUAUAUUCCUCGCAUGUACUGGAAAAGUCAUUGGUACUGUCGUUGUUGCCUUUUUCCAUGGAAUGCCGGUUCGCGAAGGUAUAACUCUUGGAUUGCUAUUAAACACUAAAGGUCUUGUUGAAAUGAUAGUCCUUAAUGUUGGCAAAGACCAAAAGGUUUUAGAUGAUGAGACAUUUGCUACAAUGGUGCUUAUAGCCUUGGUUAUGACAGGAGUUAUAACUCCUAUUGUAACUGUCCUUUACAAACCAGUAAAACGUUCUGUUUCGUACAAGAGACGGACAAUUCAACAAACAAAGCCAGACAGUGAGCUUCGAGUACUGGUAUGCAUCCACACACCACGUAACGUUCCCACUAUAAUCAACCUUCUUGAAGCUUCACAUCCUACAAAGAGAUCUCCCAUAUGCAUCUACGUUCUCCAUCUUGUUGAGCUCACUGGUAGAGCAUCUGCUAUGCUGAUUGUCCACAACACUCGGAAAUCGGGAAAACCAGCGCUUAACAGGACACAAGCUCAAUCAGAUCACAUCAUCAAUGCCUUUGAGAAUUAUGAACAACAUGCUGCCUUUGUUGCUGUUCAACCGUUGACAGCUAUUUCUCCUUAUUCAACAAUGCACGAAGAUGUAUGUAGCUUAGCAGAGGACAAACGUGUUUCCUUUAUAAUUAUACCAUUUCACAAACAACAAACGGUGGAUGGAGGAAUGGAAGCAACCAACCCAGCUUACCGUUUAGUUAACCAAAACCUUCUCGGAAACUCACCUUGUUCCGUUGGAAUACUCGUUGACAGAGGACUAAAUGGUGCCACAAGAUUGACCUCAAACACUAUCUCUCUCCAAGUUGCUGUUCUGUUUUUCGGUGGACCAGACGAUAGAGAAGCUUUAGCUUAUGCUUGGAGAAUGGCUGAACAUCCAGGGAUUUCUUUAACCGUGUUACGCUUUAUUCCUGAUGAAGAUGUAACAGAUGCCGCUUCGACACGUGCAACCAACGAGACGGACAGAAAUAUGAAUGUGGACAUGAAGAAGCAAAGACAGCUUGAUGAUGAGUACGUCAAUACCUUCAGAGCAGCAAAUACGGAGUAUGAGACAAUUGUUUAUAUCGACAAAGUGGUUAGCAAUGGAGAAGAGACGGUUGCAGCUGUGAGAUCAAUGGAUAGUUCUCAUGAUCUCUUUAUAGUUGGAAGAGGAGAAGAAAUGUCGUCUCCUCUCACCGCUGGUUUAACUGAUUGGAGUGAAUGUCCUGAGCUUGGUGCCAUUGGAGAUUUGCUUGCCUCUUCAGAUUUUGCAGCCACUGUCUCGGUCCUUGUGGUUCAGCAGUAUGUUGGGCCAUGGGCACAAGAUGAUGACAUGGAUUUGCCUGAUAGUCCGGUGCACUCCCAUGAUCAACCAAAUGCCAUAUAUGGUCUAGAGGAUCCAAGUUAGCCAACAUACAUAUUUUUUUC